UUUCACCGGAAAUAUCCUUUAAUCGUCGCUGUGGGACUCGGAGCAGCAGAUUGUAGCCAACCGGAGGUGUAAAACUAACGGAGAAAUUGUCUGGAUUUAUUGCUACAAUAGGCUACUGAUCGAAGAGCAGCAGGAUGAACAGCGCAGCUGUGUAUCCCCCUCCCACUGCCCCUGCAGCCAACAUGUUUGGCAACGUGCCUGGAUAUGAAGGCACUUUGGCUGGAGGAGGAGGUUUCCUGCCCCCUCCUAUGCCCAUGGAGCCUGUAGCCCCGCCCCAACCCGGCCCUGCACCUGCCGACUGGAGCAUCCCUGCACUGCCGGAGGAUGUGGCUCGUGAGGCGUUCAAGAGCUUUGUUUCGUCCAACUGCUGCUACAGUAACGGUCCCGUCAACGAUGGAGUCAUCACCAGCAUGGAGCCAUGCAACACCUACAGGUAUCGACUGGAGACAUUCACCGAGUCCCGGUCAACUGAGUGGGCCCACAAACCUCAUGAAGGUGAGCCGGCUGACUUCUACACCCAGACUGCACCACGGCCCUGGGAGAUCCAGGCCACCACGACUCCCAGCCUCUUCACCAAUCACACGGAGGAGAUCCGCGUGCCCUACACCUCCUCCAUCAAGGAGUGCCACAGCUGCCAUUCCAAAGGGAUGAUGCCGUGCAAUGAGUGCCAUGGAGAUGGAUUUAAACCGUGCUGGGUGUGUAACGGCUCUGGGAUGAAGACUGAUGAACACUGCUCGCACUGUAAUGCUACAGGCAAAGACAGGUGUACCAUGUGUGAUGCUAAGGGUACGAAGAAGUGUGAAACCUGUAAUGGAAAGGGACAACUGCUAACCUACAUCAAGGUCAAAGUGGAGUGGACUAACCAUGUGGAGGACCACGUGGUGGAGCAGAACUGUGGUCUGAAGAUCGAUGAUCUUCGUUCAGUGAGCGGGAAGGAGCUGUUCAAGAACAACCAGUACCUGCUCUACCCGCUGCUCGGGUUCCCAAACCCGGCCAUCUCUGAGGCCUCUGAGCGUCUGGUCAGAGAUCACCAAAGCAAGUACACCCAGACCUCCAGGAUCCUGCAGCAGAGGCAGACUGUCGAGCUGAUCCCCAUCACUAAGGUGAACUAUAAGUGGAAGGGCGACUCUCACGUCUACUUCGUCUACGGCAAAGAGAACCAAGUCAGCGCUGACAAUUACCCAGCAACCUGCUGCUGUGUCAUCCUGUAGAGAGACACACACACACACACACACACACACACAC